UCCUUUUUUCUUGACGAGCUGACGUCAUGGUGAUAAGGACAGCAUUUUUAGUUGAGUUCCAGCCCGAAGCUCCACACUUUCUGGUUAGCAGUGAACCUAGCAACUUCUGUUCCUCCUGCGGAAAAGUAUAAUUUACUGAUAAACAUGGCCAAUCAGGGACCUACUUUCGGACUUAGCAGGGACAUUCGGAACAAGAUUGAGAAGAAGUAUGAACCUGAGCUGGAGGAGCGGCUAGUGGAGUGGAUUAUUGCUCAGUGUGGGGCGAGUGUGGGCCGACCUGAGCCAGGAAGAAUGGGGUUCCAAGCUUGGCUUAAGGAUGGCACAGUACUGAGUCUCCUGAUUAACAGCCUCUACUCAGAGGACCAGAAACCCAUUAAGAAGAUUCAGGACACGGACAAAGCUUUUAAACAAAUGGAACAGGUGUCACAGUUUCUGAAGGCAGCUGAGAAUUAUGGAGUCAACAAAACUGACAUCUUCCAGACUGUGGAUCUAUGGGAGUCGAAGGAUAUGGCUGCUGUUCAGAGAACCCUCAUGGCUUUGGGAAGUAUUGCCGUAACAAGGAAUGAUGGGCAUUACCAUGGUGAUCUAAACUGGUUCCACAAGAAAGCACAAGAAAAUAAGCGAGAGUUCACAGAAGAGCAACUGGCCCAGGGAAAGAACAUUAUUGGCCUGCAGAUGGGAAGCAAUCAAGGAGCGUCACAGGCUGGGAUGGUUAGCUAUGGACAAGCCAGACAGAUUAUUAGCUAAAUAACAAUACUGAUGGAUCUUUCUCUUUUUUCUCUUUUUUUUCUCUCUAAAGCAUGAAUUUAUCAUUUUUGAAGUCAAUGAUCCAAACAGCUCAUAACACUAAACCUUCCAUGACCUAAAUUGUGAGAUAUACAUGAGUAGUGGUUAUUUAUUAUCUGGCAGUUUUAAAAUAAAUGCAUUUCUUACAACAGUUUUGUGUUUUUAGACCCCUUUUGGAUAUGGGCUGUAAUUUGGAAUUAUUUGCAAGACAAAAAAAAAAUCUACAUACCCACUCUGGGUUGCCAAGGACUGCAUGUCACAUGGCUAACUUGUAAUUACAACCAUCUUUGAAAUUGUGCAAGUGUAAUAGUGCAUGUUGGCAAAGCUUAUUGUUCAUAUGGCUUAACCAGUCUGCUUUGUUUUUUUUUUGUCACUGUUGAUCUGCUUAGUUACUAAAAAUGUACGUUAUGUAUUUUUUAAAAAAAAAGAAACUACACCAUGUUUGAAACCACUCAUUACCAUUUGAAAGGCAUGUGAAUAAGUGAGCAAAACAUGAAUUUCAAUAAACUAAUAAAGAUUUAAA